UGGGCUCCCCCUGCUCUGACAGUGAGGCUAAAUGUCUGCAGGACAUGCUCAACCUUUGUCUAUCAAUGUUCCUCUACUAACCACCAGCAGUGUUGGCAUAUAGAGACCAACGCUCCGCUCCACACAGACAGGACACAGGUCUCUAUGACUAGACUAGACAGAAAGCGACGUUGUAGGUCAUUGGAAGUCAGUAAAGUUAGUGACUCCUAGAGAGUUGCAUGUGGAACUGUUGUUUAAGUGCGGAAGCAUCUUUAGGUUUAGAGAGGCACUUUAUGCUUUUAAGUUUGCUGUCUUGUUUUUUGUUUAUACUACCUUGAAGGCAUCACUGAGAUAGUCAUUAUUGAUACGGUAAACAGAGCUUGGUGACUCAAAAGGAGAAUACACAUUUUCUCCUGUUUUCGCUCCUCUUUUCAUCCCUCCAUUGCUUUGGGGUAGCCUCUUGACUUUUUGGCCACAAUGUGGGAAUUCCGGUCCAUGUCGUUCUGGCGGGCAGUGUUUGCCGAGUUCUAUGGCACCAUGUUCUUUGUGUUCUUUGGUCUGGGGGCGGCUUUGCGCUGGACCACCGGGCCCCACAACGUUCUCCAUGUGGCCUUUUGCUUCGGCCUGGCCGCUGCCACCCUCAUCCAGUCCAUCGGUCACAUCAGCGGGGGACACAUCAACCCGGCCGUCACCUUCGCCUACCUGAUUGGCUCCCAGAUGUCCCUGUUCCGCGCCUUUUUCUACAUUGUGGCCCAGUGUCUGGGGGCGCUGGCCGGGGCCGCCGUGCUCUAUGGGGUCACCCCCAACAACAUGAGGGGAAACCUGGCACUCAACACGCUGCAGCCAGGUAUCAGCCUGGGCAUGGCCACCACCAUGGAGGUGUUCCUCACUCUGCAGCUCGUUGUCUGCAUCUUCGCUGUGACAGAUGAGAGGCGUAAUGGACGCCUGGGCUCUGCCGCCCUAGCCAUCGGCUUCUCUGUCCUCAUAGGACACCUGCUGGGGAUGUACUACACUGGUACUGGAAUGAACCCUGCCAGGUCCUUCGCCCCCGCUGUCCUGGUCAGAAACUUUGUCAACCACUGGGUGUACUGGGUGGGUCCGAUGAUUGGUGGUGCUAUGGGAGCUAUUAUCUAUGAUUUCAUGCUGUUUCCCCGCAUGCGCGGUCUCUCUGAGAGGAUGGCCAUACUGAAGGGCACCAGGCCCCCAGAGGCUGAGAGCCAGCAGGACACCCGAGGAGAGGCCAUCGAGCUCAAGACUCAGGCCCUAUAAGCCUGGUGGAAGAAGGUUGGCUUUUUGAACCCCCUAUCCCUCUAUUCUGUACCCAAACCCCCUCCGAACCCUCAACCCCACCCAACACACAUGCACACACAUACCUCUUCCCCCCCUUCCCACCCUUCCCAUUUAACUCACCCACACACAUAGUACAUAUGGACCAUAGACACAAACCCUCCUCACCCUCACAACAAUUCCACCUUCCUCACCAUCCUCAUUCUCACUCUGCUGAUCCAGAAACAGCCCUAACCACCCUCCAACACUCCACCACUGACCCUCACCCAUACCUCCCCCUUGGACUGCAGGAUAAAGACGUAGGGUAAGAAGAGGACUUAGUUGCCACUGAAGAAAGCACCCUGCGGUGGCCUGUGGUGUAGGGAAUGGGUCACUCCUGGCUGACCAGGUGGCUAUAACUGCUCAGGACAGGGGCAUCUCUCUCUCUCUCUCGCUCGUUUGUAGUCUGCUAGGAGUGAAGCUACAGUAGAGCAGUGGACUUCUGCAUGCUUUUUCAAUUUUUUCAUCCAGUUUGAAUCUCUCCCUUGUGUUUUUUUUGUUUUUGUUUCAUGAAACUUCGGGAACCUGACAUGUAUGUUAUAUUAUACCUUUAAAGAAUUUAUGAGGAUUUUAUUUGACUCAAAUUCCAUUUUCAAGUCUUGCGUGUGUUGUGUGUGCGUGUUGUGUGCCUGUUUUAGCAAACCAUUUUUAUUCUGGCCUUUUUUCAUUACCACAAUUCCUUUGUUCGUUAUCAUGCUUUGUUGUCUUUAUUCAUCAUGCUGUAGCCUAUUCUAAGGGAAAGAAGCAUCCUUUGCCCCCCUCCUCCUUCAUUGAUUUUGCUACAGUAAAGUUCUGAUUCACUAGUAGUUUUACAGACAUGUUUAGAGUGCUCCCCUUUUAUCGCAAAGCCCUUCAAUUUUUGCGUUGAAGUUAAAUUGUUCUGAGUCUGUGUCUCUUCAAGGGGAGCACAAACACAGUCAGAUUUAUAUCAGAAUAAACACACAACACACAAAAUUUAACAGGUCUUUUGUUAACUCAAUCUCCAUCUCUAUUUAAACACAUCUUGAAAAUGAAAGGGGGAUACCUAGUCAGUUGUACAACUGAAUGCAUUCAACUGAAAUGUGUCUUCCGCAUUUAACCCAACCCCUUUGAGUCAGAGAGGUGCGGGGGGUUGCCUUAAUUGUCAUCGGCGCCCGGGGAACAGUGGAUUAACUGCCUUGCUCAAGGGCAGAACGACAGAUUUUUACCUUGUCAGCUCAAGGAUUCGAUCCAGAAACCUUUCGGUUACUGGCGCAAGUCUCCUACUGCAAAGCUACCAAAUUGUACAUUAUUAUACAUUUUUUUUACUACAAAAUUCCACUUCUUUGACCUGUUGGCUCUCCUUGACUUCGAUACAGCCAUGUUAAGUGCCUAACAAGAUAAAAGGGUUUUUACUGUAUGCAGUUCAGUACCAGUAUUGUCUGUACCAGACUGUUACGUUUUACUCCGUUUCUGGAAUGCCUUUUUUUUCCAUUAAAGCUUGUGCCCUUAGAGCGGAUUUAUGUACAGACGUGUGACAGCUGGAUUGGCUUUCAUUUCGUGUCAUUUUAUGUAAUAACAACAACAACAAAAAACCUGACUGGCUUUGUUAUGUGGAUCAAGCUCGUUUUCUUAGUUGAUUGUAGUUCUUUCUUAUACAUAACCUUUUAAAGAAAAAAAAUCACCCAAAUGUGGCUGAAAACCAAAAUGAGUGCAUGAUGAUGCAGUGGCUUCUUGCUGGUGUUAAGCAGACACCUGGUGCGUUUUCUCUUCUCUCUACGGGGAGAGGUUCUCUUUUCUCUCUAGGGGAAGCGGGAUCGAUUUAAGAUCAGGGAGUUAUUUUCAGUGUACUUGUAAGUCCAUCCACCUCUCUGAUAUCUAGUCUGUUUUGCCCUCCAAACUCAGGGUCUUAUAACCUGGUCCUAGUUCUGUUUGUGCUAUGUUGCCACCAAGUUAGCAAGACAGCACAAACAGAUCUGAAACCAGGCUAUGGUUCUUAAACCUGGGGGGUAAAAACAGAGAAGAAUCGAGAAGAUAAUCACCUAAACUGAGGUGAUUUAAUUCUUUAGCUUUGUGUUACUAGGUGUAGACGUGAGGUAAACUAAAUGUGCACCUGUAUGAUCUCUUCAUAACAUCUGCAUCAGAGGGACAUUAAACUUGGAGGUCAAACCCCCCUUUUUUGACUCCUAAGUCCUACUCUUCCCUCCAUUCCUCCUUCCUGCUUUCACACCCUACCUCCUCCCGCUGUUUACAAGGCGGACAUUUUGUGUUCCGAUCUAAAGGUGAUGCUGCAGGGACUCUUGUGAUGCGAUGGAGGGGUACUGCAGUGUUGAACCAGCUCAUAGUGUUAUUACAAACCACUUCCAUUUUCACUACUUGAUAGAGCAGUAAACUGAACAAGACAUGAAGCCAAUUCUCCUUUUACAUUCACUUUCAUUUCGCUUGAUUCCUCCAGCGGUAGAUAGAAUAGAUUUCCUUCCUUAUUUUAGUUUAUGACUUAUGUUGAACAUUUUGAAAUUAAAAUAAUUAUGUUUGUAUUCCAUUGAAAAGCUUUGUGAUGUACAGUGUAAAAUGUUAUUUUUUAAUUGACCAUGAUUGUUGAAACUGGAUGGAUAGACAAUAUAAUUUCACAUCUAUACAAUGUCUCCUCUUUGGCCAUUUGGUUAUGAAAGGUAUGGGAAAAGACGUGAUACAGUAUAACAAUAUGCUUGGAUCCUAUCAAGAACAUAUUAUAAACAUACUUUCAUAAUCAGAGAAGCCUGGAUUUAUUAUUUUAUAUGUAAAAAAAAAAAACUUCCUAAAAUUCA